AUGUUUGUGGUGCGAAAUGCUGGUAACAUGAUCCCAGAUACUUCCCGAUACGGAUUUACAUUAGAAGUAUCGGUUACAACCGAGCCGGCAGCUCUUGAAUUGGCAAUGAGCAGAGGUGGCGUACGUCACAUAAUCGUGUGUGGUCACUCCGAUUGCAAGGCAAUGAACCUCCUCCAUUCACUACAUCAAUGUCUGAAGACCUUCGAUGUUAAUUCACCUAUGGAUCAUUGGGUUCGUCGGAAUAGAUUUAAUAGUAUAAAACGUCUGCACGAACGACUCCAUGAAGGACCAAAAAUCAUGAAAUUUGAAAGUGAACUUAUACCGAGUGAAAAUUUCGAAGUUGUUAUUGACCCAUUAGAGGAGCUAUCCAUAAAUGUACUUCAGCAGCUAAUCAAUAUCAUGUCUUACGAGUUUUUACGGCGGCAUUUCGAAACAGGUCGCCUAUUCGUCCAUGGAAUGUGGUUCGACAUCAACAAUGGCGACGAUUACCUAUUUUCUAAAAAGCAAAAACUCUUUGUUCUUGUUCAUGUUGGUUUUUUGGAUUGCCUACACAUUUGUUCCAACAACUUUCCUAUCUUCUGA